AUGAAGAAGCUGCGGUCCUCCGCGGCGUCGUCGUCGCAGGGCGCGCUCCCUGAGCGGUUCCUCAUGCGGCUGGCGGCGGCGUCCCCGACGCUGGUGUCGCUGCCCGUCAUCGACCUCUCCCGCGGCCGCGACGAGGUCCGCCGGGCCGUGCUCCACGCCGGCAAGGAGCUCGGCUUCUUCCAGGUGAUCAACCAUGGCAUGCCAGAGCGAACAAUGAGGGAGAUGGAGAUGGCGUGCAGCGACUUCUUCCGCCUCCCAACAACGGACAAGGCAACAUUGUACUCAGAGGACAGCGAGCAGACCAACCGGCUCUUAUCGAGCACCAUGUACAGGUCCGCCGCUAGUGAGAGCUACGCGUGCCAUUGCCUCCAUCUCGCAUGCCACCCCGUCGAGCGCACCAAGCCCUCCUGGCCCGAAAAGCCUGUCAGACUCCGCCCGGCCCUUGAGGACUUCAUUAUCCCUGCUCGCAGCAUUGCGAUGGAACUCCUCCGUCUCCUCUGUGAGGGCAUCGGGCUCCAGCCGGACUACUUCGAGGGCGGCCUCACCGGCGGUGAUGUGAUCAUCAACGCGAACCGCUACCCGCCAUGCGCGGACCCGAACCUUACCCUCGGUCUGCCGCCACACUGUGACUGGAACCUCAUCACCGUGCUACUCCAACCCGGGUACGUGUGUGGUUUGCAGGUGUUGUACAAUGGUGACUGGAUCGACGUCGAUCCCAUACCGGGAGCGCUGGUCAUCAACUUCGGCCACCAAUUGGAGAUCGCCACCAACGGGGUGCUCCGGAGCAUCGAGCAUCGGACCGUGCCCAACAUCGUCGUGGGGAGGACGACGGUGGCUGCUUUAAUCAUGCCGACCAUGGACUGUGUGGUGGGGCCUGCCAAGGAGCUCGUCGUCGAGGGCAGGUCGGCGAGGUACCGGAGGGUCGCGUUCCGCGACUUCAUGCACAUCUACAAUACGGUCGGCGCAUGCAAAGAGAGUGUGGAGGAGGCCUUAAAGAUCUGACCAUAUCAACCAUCAUCAUGGUUCAUGGGUAUGGAUACUACUAAUACAAGAAGAAGAGGACAUCAACCAAAAGCAACGUCAUUGUGGUGAUACGAUAAUGUACUUACUAUGCGUGUGUACCAUGACAUGAAGUCAUGAAAUGUGUGUACUCUAUGUUUCUGUUUGAAUCCAAACUGGUAAGAAACAAUUCAGGUGGGAUAUACAUACAUAUGUACAUACUAGUAAAAGGCACGUGCCAUACACGUA